UAUGAUUUUUAUAAAUAAAUCAUAUGAACGGCCACACUUCCGGAUCUGCCGUUCACGGCGACGCGGUGGAGGCAAUCAAGGUAAGUUCCCUUUCGCCUUCGCAUCUUCUCCUUUUGCUCCGGCUGCAGCAGAUCGUGGCCAUCGCCUCGGAGGCGGCACGGCAGAGCCUGAAGAAGAAGGGCCUCCACGUGCCUCUGUGGCGGCGGCACGAGUACAUGAGGACCAAAUGGUUCUCCGCUUACCAGCGCGCAGCCGCAAUCGAAGAAGCCGGAGGAGCCGAGAACAACUCCCGCGAUGGCAUCGACAGUCCCUGCUUAAUCUCGACCGUCAGUUUUCCCCGCACGGCCGACGAAUCCUGUGGCAAGGAAGUGAUGAGGCCGGCGUCGAUUGAGGUAGCGGGCUCGCCGUGGAAGACUGCUCCGACGAGGAAAAAGUCCCCAACUGGACUCGCUUUGGUCUUAGAAUCUCGGCCUCUCCCUCUCUGCAGUGGAGAGGCUCGGACUCCUCUCCAGGGCAGAGGAGCUGGGAGUCCUCUCUGCAGCGACAGACUUGGCCACGCCUGGAGCUCUCCUCAGCUUGAGCCUCGUAUUGCUUGCUCUGGGCCCUCUCUACGUCUAUCUCCUGCCUGAGGACUACCUCUGGGAAGUGGCGUUGCAGGUCACGGUCGCUUUGUUCUAUGUGCUCGGUGGAUCUGUAGCCUUGGCAGCAUCCAAUUUCGUGUUGAAUUGGUAGAAAUCCAACUAAGACGGGCUUGUUGUAGAAUUCUCGAGAUCUUGUAAAAUUAAUCAAGAAUCAGUUUUACAUAAACGAAGACUUCUCGACUUGCUGAUAUCAUGAUAAAGCUUUUCUGAUCUAAUGUUCUUUACCUAUGUCGCAUA